GCCAACUCUCCGGGGUACAAAGUACAGCAGGGACGCGGGCGGAGCCUUUCCAAGCGGCGCAGCCGUAUCUUUCCCCAGUGAACACCUAGAUGGAUUUCCAAUACCGCGCCUGGCACAUUCGGGAGGGAGCCUCAGGCUCCUUCCGUGCUCCCAGCCGCGCGUCCUCCUUUCUGCGGUCGAUAUUCCUCUGGUAGACGUAGGGGGGGCCUGGGCACCACAAGCUUUAAUAAGAGAUUCGCAGUGGUUUACCUAGGCCCCUGAACACUCCCGCCCGAGAAGAGCUGCCUGCGGUGAUGUAACGCAGAAGCCCCUAACGCGCGGUUCUCGCCCCUCCUCCUCCUGAGGCUCGCGGCUUAGGGUCAGUUUCCGUGACUCUAAGAGUAUCUGCGUGGGAGCCUGUGCUGGGGGUCCGGCCCAAAGAAAGGAGUUGUAACGAGCGGAAAACGUCACCGCGCUACCACCGCACACUUUGCACCGGCCAUCUACGCGUGGGUCUGGAGGUAGCGCGCCCAAGCUGCUGACGCGCUGGUGGUGCCUAUUAAUCAUUCACCAGCACAGAGCCCCGCCAGUUAACGGCUGUGCGGCGCGGGGCUCCAGCCUCCAGGCCUCCCCUCUCCACGCUCGCGUGCGCCCGGGCGCCCCGGAGCGACGAGCGGUUGCGCGCAAGCAGCCGUUAGGCUAUGCGCCCCGCCGGCGCGGGUCGGAGCCGCGCUCCCCACAGCCGCUGGGCGCUACCCGUAGUGGCCAAGCGGCAGUGAGCCGCGGGCAGGCGGCCGGGGUGCCGAGUGAGGGCGCAAGCGGCGAGGUCCCGAGGAGAGCUCCCUGGCCCCGGCAGCCCCAUCGGCCCCUGUCAGCUGAGAUGUUCCCCAAUGGCACCGCCUCCUCUCCCUCCUCUCCUAGCCCCAGCCCGGGCAGCUGUGGCGAAGGCGGCGGCAGCAGGGGCCCGGGGGCCGGCGCUGUGGACGGCAUGGAGGAGCCGGGGCGAAACGCGUCCCAGAACGGGACCUUGAGCGAGGGCCAGGGCAGCGCCAUCCUCAUCUCUUUCAUCUACUCCGUGGUGUGCCUGGUGGGGCUGUGCGGGAACUCAAUGGUCAUCUACGUGAUCCUGCGCUACGCCAAGAUGAAGACAGCCACCAACAUCUACAUCCUCAACCUGGCCAUUGCCGACGAGCUCCUCAUGCUCAGCGUGCCCUUCUUAGUCACCUCCACGUUGCUUCGCCACUGGCCCUUUGGCGCGCUGCUCUGCCGCCUCGUGCUCAGCGUGGACGCUGUCAACAUGUUCACCAGCAUCUACUGUCUGACUGUGCUUAGCGUGGACCGCUAUGUGGCCGUGGUGCACCCCAUCAAGGCAGCACGCUACCGCCGGCCCACGGUGGCUAAAGUGGUGAACCUGGGGGUGUGGGUGCUAUCGCUGCUCGUCAUUCUGCCCAUCGUGGUCUUCUCGCGUACCGCAGCCAACAGUGACGGCACGGUGGCCUGCAACAUGCUCAUGCCCGAGCCCGCCCAGCGCUGGCUGGUGGGCUUCGUGUUGUACACAUUUCUUAUGGGCUUUCUGCUGCCCGUCGGGGCCAUCUGCCUGUGCUACGUGCUCAUCAUCGCCAAAAUGCGCAUGGUAGCCCUCAAGGCCGGCUGGCAGCAGCGCAAGCGCUCAGAGCGCAAGAUCACCCUGAUGGUGAUGAUGGUGGUGAUGGUGUUUGUCAUCUGCUGGAUGCCGUUUUAUGUAGUGCAGCUAGUAAAUGUGUUCGCAGAGCAGGACGACGCCACGGUGAGCCAGCUGUCGGUCAUCCUCGGCUAUGCCAACAGCUGUGCCAACCCCAUCCUCUAUGGCUUUCUUUCUGACAACUUCAAGCGCUCUUUUCAGCGCAUCCUGUGCCUCAGCUGGAUGGACAACGCCGCGGAGGAGCCUGUCGACUACUAUGCCACCGCCCUCAAGAGCCGCGCCUACAGCGUGGAGGACUUUCAGCCCGAGAACCUGGAGUCCGGAGGCGUCUUCCGUAAUGGCACCUGCACGUCCCGCAUCACGACUCUCUGAGCCGGGACCACGCAGAGGCCCUGUGCAAAGGGAGGGAGAAGGAUGAGGAGAAAGGCAGUAUGGGUGCGAGAGGUGAAAGUAUUCCAGGGGUCAGGGUGCGGUGGGGCAAAGUGGGGCUAGGACACUACGCGCUUUGGAUGAAGGAGACCCGGGAAAGGCGCGCCACAAAGGUGGACUUGGACGUUUUUCUUAUAAACUGGGAAGGCUUGAGGGCCUCUUUCGCCUGUCUCCUACUUUCGCUCCUUUCUCCACUGCGCUUGUACUUUUGAUCCCCAAUCUGUAAUUCGAUCUUUUCUUCCGCCCGGUCUUGUCGGUGCAGCUCGUGAACUCGUGAGUCGCCAACUCAGCCUGACCCUCAUCCCCGCCCGCCGUUAUUUCUGUUUGUUUAAGCUGAGCCACGGUAAUCGCCACGGGUUUCCCUCGGGGUGAGUCCUCAGCCCCGCCCUGCCGCGCCCCUCUCUUGCCAGGUUCUGCCUGGUGCCCCUAGAGAAGUCUGGAGAACCACCGUUCUCCAUUUGCACAGCCCUACUUUAAGGGAAAUAGGACUUGAGAAUGGACAAGGCAGCUGGUCUUUUCUCCUACUAUGGGCUGAGGAUGCGUCUUUCCCGGAGCCCCUCCACCUCUCCCACUCCACCCAGAGCGGAGCCAGGUGCUUAGUAAAAUCGGUCCCGCGCUUCGAACACCAGGCACUCUGCAGUUCUCCUCUAAACCCCCCAUUUGGAGCAAAAAGGAGCUGAGCUGAAAACAAGGACCGAGGGGUUUUUUAGAAGAUUCCGGGGUUGGGGCGGCACUCACAACCGAAGCUAUUGGCUUCAAAGACCAGCACUCCCGGGAGGGUGGUCUGCAUUGGGCCAGGAAGGCAGGAAGCGUUUUCCCCGGUGGCCAUCCGGGAGAGAGGCUGCAGCUACACUAGGUUUCUCCCUUACCCAGGCU